AUGCACGGAACUUUUGCCAAUCAGCGCACCUGUGGGGAACUGGGGCAGCCUUCACAGAGAAAACACGCACUCGGCCUUGGGACAGGCAUCUGUGACGGCAUCACAUCUUCCAGCAAACCGAGAGGCCUGUCCGGAAUAAUGGGCUACCACUGCACUCGUGUCACUCCGAUCGGGCUGAGGCGGGGGGCCGUGUUUGGACAUGACCGUAGAGCCCAUACCAGCACCUCCAGCCAUGCAAGAUGA